UUCCUCCAAUAUUUUCAUUCUCAUAUUCAUUUUCAUCUUUUUUUGCAGAAUCAUGAGACGUGGACGAGGAAUAUUGAGUUCAUCAUCGAGUAAAAGAAGUGGUGCACGUGGUCGGAAAAUGGAAGGCGUGGCGCUGCAAAUGAAGGUGAAGAAGCUGCAGAAAAUCAUUCCCGGUGGCGAAGGGUUGGAUUCGGACGAGCUUUUUGUUAGAACGGCGGAUUAUAUAUUGCUUCUCAAGCUCAAGAUUAGUGUUUUGCAGAUUCUUUCCAAGUUGCAUACUCCAUGAGUAUUUUUCUUCAUUGAUUUCAUGCACUCUUUUUUAUUUAUAUAUUUUGCUAUUUAUGCUAGUUUUAAUUAUAUACUAUAUACAAACAAGAGUUAUUAUGCA